UUGAAUUAGUCUGACCAACUUUUCAUUGAGUAAGAACAAUGAGUUCAAAAGUACACUCAGUUGAUGUGGAAAAAGAUGCUUUCUCAAAUGCUAUUCCUGAGAUUGAAAUUCUGAAGAGAAGAAAGAAAGAAGAAAUAGAGAAACAACAAGUUCUUGAAAUACAGGAACUUGAAAAAGCAAGUAAAAUUCUUGGAAAGCAGUGUCUGAGUGAGAUGAAUGAAGAAGUUCUGUUAAUUCUUCAUGCUCAGACUAGACAACUACAGAAAGUGAUCAAGUUCAAACUUGGAAUUUCAAACACAAAGAAAACAUAUGCUCAAGCAGCUGAAUCUGCUGCCUCUAAACCUGCUGCCUCUAAACCUGCUAUCUUGAAACCUGCUCAAAAUUCUGAGAAAACUGAGAAGAAUACUGCUCAUACUUCUAGUGAUAGAAAAGUGAAGAAAAAAAUGCAAAAAGAGAAAAAUCUUCAAAUCUCCAGAAAUAGAAGACUUAUUCUCAAAGUCUCAAAUCAGGACAUAUUGCAGAGAAAUAAGCUAAACUCAAACCUCAUUUUCAGAAUUAGAAAUGAAAUCAAUCAGCAGUUCUUUUCUCAGUUAAUGACUGAUAUUGAAGUUCAAAAACCAGUUAUAGCUUCAAUUGAGCCAUUCUUCUUUGGAAACUCCAUCAUUCUGACUACAAUGCCUGAAUUCAGUGCUGAAUUCCUUAUUCAGAAUGAGAAUCUCUGGAAAUCAGCAGUAGAAUCUUUGUUAAACACAACAAUUCUAUCUAAGAGAGAUGAAAAGUGA